UCAAACAAACACACGAGCUUUCUCCUCUACAACAAAAACAAACAAUGGCUUCUUCACUUAUCACAUCCGCAGUCAUUGUCGUGCUUUUAAGCCUACUGCUUGGAUCUGCAGAGCAAGUGAGCGGACUACGUCACGUUCCCAAGACCCCUAAGACCACUGAUGUCAAACACCCUGACUUUCUUGUCACCAUUGAGCCCAAACCAACUAUUCUUAUCCCCGGUGUUGGAAGGUUCUUGCUUCCUCCCAAAUGUAAGAAGCCGUUCUACCCUUACAAUCCUGUCACCGGAGCUCCUCUUACCGGUGGGGGAAUCCCAUCAUAUAAUGGUGGCCAAGGGGCGGGACCUCGCACCCAACUCCCUGGUGGCGAUGAUACGCUUGUCCCAAACCCUGGUUUUGAAGCUCCAACCCCGACCAUUGGAGCUGGCGCAGGAAGCAACGGCCAAGUUCCACCAGUGCCACUACCCUGAGUAUUAUUAAUUUGUCAACAAAUAAGCAUAUCUUAGAUGCAAACGGGUCUACUUUGGUGUCUUGAGUCUUGGUUAGAUAAGUAACCCUCUGCUUUACUAGCCGUUUCGUUAGUCAUAUGUUUGCCAUCUCUUUUUCUCUCUGUAUCUCUCUAUAUCUCCUUCAGAAAGAGAGAAUCUUGUGUCAUGUUCUUCAGUUCAUGUCUUCAGAUGAAUUCAUUUUCACAUACCAUUAUAUUAAAUAAACGAAUUGCCCCGCA